AACGUACUCGCUGGUGUUGGCCUUCUUUCCGCUCCGUUCACAAUUCAUGAAGCUGGAUGGGCUGGUCUUACAGUUCUGUCUGUUUUUGCAAUUAUUUGCUGUUAUACUGGAGUUCUUCUCAAGCAUUGUUUCGAGAGCAAAGACGGUAUUGCAACCUAUCCAGACAUCGGGGAGGCCGCCUUUGGAAGAAUUGGCCGCUUGAUCAUAUCUAUUAUUUUGUAUACUGAGUUAUAUUCAUACUGCAUGGAAUUCAUUAUACUGGAAGGUGAUAAUAUGACAUCAAUCUUUCCUGACGUCAAUAUUAAUUUGUUUGGGAUUCAUGUCGACAGUAAACAUUUCUUUGGAGUGUUAACUGCACUGGUAGUCCUGCCCACAGUAUGGCUGCGAGAUCUGCGAGUGCUAUCAUACCUUUCAGCGGGUGGUGUGAUUGCAACUCUUGUGGUGUUUAUAUCUGUCACUUUAGUCGGCACCACUGAAGGUGUAGGGUUCCAUCAGACCGGGGAAGCAGUAAAGUGGAGUGGCAUGCCCUUUGCUAUUGGUAUUUACGGUUUCUGCUACUCUGGGCAUUCGGUAUUUCCUAAUAUCUACCAAUCAAUGUCUGAUCGCACAAAAUUCCCUAAGGCACUUUUCAUAUGCUUCAUAGUUUGCACAGCGAUAUAUGGCUCGUUCGCUAUUAUUGGCUAUCUCAUGUUUAGUGACAAGACUCUGUCGCAAAUAACUUUGAAUCUUCCAAAAGAGUCAUUUGCCUCGAAAGUUGCUCUGUGGACCACGGUGAUCAACCCUUUCACCAAAUUUGCCUUGUUGUUAAACCCAAUUGGCUCGGAGUUUAGAAGAGUUGCGCCCUGAAGGAUUUUUGAACGA